UUUUUUUUUUUUUUCUUCUUCUUUAAUCAAACCAUGAUCAAUAAUCAUACUUCCUUACUUAUUGCUAAUACAACACAGAAUAAGAAGAAAAAGAAGAGGCCUUCAGUUACGUUUGAUUUAUCACAUAUUACAGAUACUUCAGAAGAUCCGCAACAGCUAUCUUGCUCGAGUAGUAGUAGUGGUAGUAAUGAAUAUGAUGAUUUCUUAUUAUCUCCACCGCAUGUAAUUGAUAUCCAUGGACAACUUAUACCUGAUACUAUGCUUGUAAGUCUCUUUGACCGACCACAAGAGAUGAAGGAGCUUGUCCAACAUAAUUCAGGCUUUUUUAAUCAAUUUUCUUUAGCUGCUGCAUCUUCUUGGUCACAAUUUGAACACGACGUACUUUAUGCGGAUCGAACUAAAUUCACAGACCAACAAUGGAUGGCCAUAAUAUCCAAGACAUUCUCAUCCGUUCCUUCACUUUUAGAAAAAUUUAAGGAACUUGUAGGUUAUUUGGGAGGAGAAGAAGAAGAAGAGAAAGAGGAAGAGGAGGAAGAAUCCUAUUCACAUGUCGAUUUGAGUCGUAUUCGUCAAAGGAAACAAUGCUUAACAGAAGAAGCUUAUCCCCAGUUUUAUAUCAAUUGUAAAAAGGAAUUAGGAAACAAUUAUCAGUAUUUUUUGGAAAUAUUGUUUAGUGAUGAAUUGUCAGAUGAUGUUUGGAAAUUUAAAAUAGAAGAGUUAUUACCAUCUAAUUUGUUACAACAACUACAAGAAAUCGUUGCUUAUGAAACAGAACAAGAAUACUAAUAAAAAUUUUAUUUAAUUAUAAGAUCAGUU